AUGGGGGUUUGGGCUCACGCCGUGCUGGCGUGCGCCUUACUCUGCGGAGCACAGGCCCUCCUGCCUGAGAUGCCGGACGUGAUCCUGGGCGGCGCCCCCACCGCCAAAGGCGCCAAGGCCGCCGUCGGCCUCGACGCCGGCGCCUGGGGCAGCCCCGCCGCCCCCUCGGCGCGCGGCGCACGCGGCGCGGGUCGCUUCCUGGGCCGCCUCGAGGACCAGCCGGGAUAUGGAUCCUACCUCUGCUAUAACAAGGGCAUGUUUGACGACGUGCCUGCUGACGUGGCGGACCUCAAGCGCGUCGUGCUCGCCGCGCCCGAGGCCGUGCCGGCCGCGGGCGCCGCGGCGCCGACCAUCAGCGAGGUUGCCGAGUGGGCUGCGGCCAAGUUUGGGGUCCCCGCCGAGCAGCUGGUGCCUGAGGUGCUGAGCUCCGCGCUGAGCUCCAACGACUGGGUGGAUGAGAAGGGCAUCCGCCACGUGCGGCUGACUCAGCACUCGGACCAGUUCGACAUGGGGGUUGACUACGGGGCCGUCGUCGUCCACCUUGCCAACAACAAGGUCAUCCUUGUCACCGGCGGCAUCGUCCCUGACCUGGAGGGCAAGACCUCCAAGGACGUCAACGCCGCCUCAACCUUCAUCUCCCCCUCUGAGGCCUCCGCCGCCGCCAUCCGCGCCGCGCUGUCCACCGUCCCGGCCGCGUCCAAGGGCCUGUCCGACCGACUCAAGGCCGCCGCCGCAGCGCCGACCGCCGCGUCCCUGACCGCGGCUAGCGCUGCGCCGUCGCCGGCGCGCGUGCUGCACUGCGGGCAGUCGUCGUGCCGCCCCACCUACAAGCAGGUCGUGUUCCUGCCGCACACCGCGGCGUCGAGCCCGAAGGAGCUGCACAUCUACGUCGACGCGACCAACGGCAAGGUGGUUUACCUGGACAACCGCCUGCGCACGCGCUCCAUGUCCAGCCUGGACGCCAACCCCAAGCGCCGCGGCCAGGACGUGCUCUGGCUGUCCCUCGGCCGCGGCAAGAGCCUGUACGCGGGCGAGGUGGCGAUCAACACCGCGGCCAGCACGGCAAAGGCGAAGGGGGGCCCGUACCAGCUGAACGACCUGACUCAGAACGCGAUGACGUACGACAUGCUCAACAAGGACGACGACUACUUCUACAGCGUCCAGAAGGACACCCUCUUCCGUGACAAGGACAACGAGUGGGGCGACUUCACCCCCAAGAACCGCCAGAGCGCCGCGGUGGACGCCCACUGGGGCGCGACCACCACCCUGUACUACUACAAGGACCAGCACAAGCGCAUCGGCGUCGACGGCCGCGGCGGCGCGCUGAAGAGCCGCGUGCACACCAGCACGGGCUUCGACAACGCCUACUGGUCCAACGAUCAGAUGACGUACGGCGACGGCAGCCGCGACCCCAAGACCUGGAACACCUCCUGCGAGGGCUUCCCCCCGCUGACCACGCUUGACAUCAUCGCCCACGAGCUCACUCACGGCGUCACCGAGUACUCCGCCGGCCUCAUCUACCAGCAAUCCAUGGGCGGCAUCAACGAGGCCAUGUCUGGUGAGCCCACCACCCUGACCUGA